AGGGGGAGGAGGAGGAGGAGGAGGAGGAGGAGGUGAGGGCGAACCGAGCAGAUAAGAGAAGUGGCUUAUUGACUGGGCUGCUGCCUGUAGCUCAUAUUUUAUCCGAAACAAGAGGUCUUCCCGUUUGUGUUACAGGGCGAAAAACAACGACAUCGCACCCCUAGGAGCUACCGAGAGGACGGUAGCAUGAUAGUCGUGGAGGGGAAUCGGCAGGAAGAGGGCCCGUAUCUGCAUUUUACUUCGCCUACACCGAAUUCAUUGAGUCGGUAACCAGCGUCCGACAUGGGGAAGGAGGUAAAUGGUGUUUCACGGAGCCGGUUUGAGAUGUUCACAAACAGUGAUGAGGCAGUCAUCAAUAAAAAGCUGCCUAAGGAGCUGUUGCUACGAAUCUUCUCCUUUCUGGAUGUGGUGACACUCUGUCGCUGUGCCCAGGUCUCUCGGUCCUGGAAUGUUCUGGCUCUGGACGGCAGCAACUGGCAACGAAUCGACCUCUUUGACUUUCAGAGGGACAUUGAGGGCCGGGUGGUGGAGAACAUCUCAAAGCGAUGUGGAGGGUUCCUUAGGAAGCUGAGUCUGCGGGGUUGCCUGGGUGUGGGUGAUAGUGCCCUCAGGACUUUCUCGCAGAACUGCAGAAACAUUGAGCUACUUAGUCUGAAUGGCUGCACCAAGAUCACUGACAGCACGUGUAAUAGUCUCAGUAAGUUCUGUCCAAAGCUGAAGCACCUGGACCUCGCCUCCUGUACCUCAAUCACCAACCUGUCACUCAAAGCUCUCAGUGAGGGUUGUCCCCUGCUGGAGCAGCUGAACAUCUCCUGGUGUGAUCAAGUCACCAAGGAUGGCAUCCAGGCCCUGGUGCGUUCCUGCCCUGGACUCAAAGGCCUUUUCCUUAAAGGAUGCACACAGCUAGAGGACGAAGCUCUGAAGCAUAUCGGGGCUCACUGUCCAGAGUUGGUCACACUCAACUUGCAGACAUGCUCACAGAUCACAGAUGAGGGCCUCAUCACAAUUUGCCGGGGUUGCCAUCGCCUGCAGUCACUGUGUGUGUCGGGCUGUGCCAAUAUCACAGAUGCCAUCCUGCACGCCCUGGGACAGAACUGCCCUCGCCUCAGAAUAUUAGAAGUGGCUCGUUGCUCUCAGCUUACAGACAUGGGCUUCACUACAUUAGCAAGGAAUUGUCAUGAGCUUGAGAAGAUGGAUUUAGAAGAAUGUGUGCAGAUCACAGAUGGAACACUCAUCCAGCUGUCUAUCCACUGCCCUCGAUUGCAAGUCCUGAGCCUGUCUCACUGUGAGCUCAUCACUGAUGAUGGCAUCAGACACCUCGGCAGUGGCCCCUGUGCUCACGACCGCCUGGAGGUGAUCGAGCUGGACAACUGCCCCCUGAUCACAGAUGCCUCAUUGGAGCACCUGAAGAGCUGCCAUAGUCUGGAUCGCAUUGAGCUCUAUGACUGCCAGCAGAUCACCCGCGCUGGCAUCAAGAGACUAAGGACCCAUCUGCCUAACAUCAAAGUGCAUGCAUAUUUCGCUCCCGUCACUCCACCCCCCUCCGUUGGGGGAAGCCGUCAGAGGUUUUGCCGCUGCUGUGUCCUCCUAUGAUGUAAAGACAACAACCCCCUCUUUCCUCUCCCGUGUCCCUCGUACACGCUCCCCGCAGCCCAUCACCUGACCCUUGACCUGCUGUCCCCAUACCCCUGUCACAGAGUACUUGCUGGUGUGGCCCCCCCCACCCCGCCCUUUGAGCUGCAGAGAGAGGGAGAGAGCCAAAUAACGCUACAGGGUCUCGGGUAACUUUCCCAAAAAACAUUCCCGAAUCUCUCCACCACACACAUACAGUACAUACAUAACUUUUACACAAGCUGCUAUGCAGACACACUUACAUACACACACAGAUUAACUCUUAGAAGAAUGUCACAACAUUCCUGCUCUGUGUUCAGUGGAAAAACCAGUAUUACAAAGAGGGUUAUGGAAAAAUCAAAUGUGAUAACCACUGUUAAGGUGGUCUUCAUCAAAUGAAGUACAAAAGAAUUGUUUAAGAAAUUACAUGACAAGAUCUUUACAUUAAGAAAAAAAAUCUGAAUUCCAGGGGAGCUAUAAAAAUCCCUCUUAACCUCUCACACAUACAUCCAUAUUGAAGGUCACUUAACAGCUACCUCUAGAUGGGAACUGCACUUGAGACCUGCGUUAGCUUUGUUCUGCAGGCUGUUUAUUUCAAAAAGGGGCAGUGAUGCAGUCAGUAAACUGCCAAGAGCCCCAACUUACACAGAGAAAGCAGCCAAAAGCCUAUCUUGUGAUUUAAAAAGAGAAAAAAAAGCAAACUUGCAGCUAUUUGCACUUACAGUAAAGCAAUGAUGAGACACUUUACAAAGACGGCCAUAUCAGAAUUUAGGACUGGCAUUUUACUAACACAAAUACGAAUAUUCACUUACAUGCACACACACGCGCUUGCUACACCUGUACCCUCACCUCUCUCUGUCUCUCUGUUACAAUCAGACAAUUCGACAUACUGAAGAAAAAAAGACAAAGUUUGAUAUUUUUCUAAAAAUGGACACCAAUUAAGACUCACAAGUGGGGACUCGAAAAGAUGCCAAAUGUUGCAUGUAACACCUCUAGUUUUUUAAAGUCUAAUUGUAAAUAUAUGAGGACUGUGGAGUCUGAGAGUCGAAGCCAGCUAAACAACAGAAGGUGAUAUGAGAUGGGGCAGAGACUGCUGCCGAUGGCUCUUUCUGAGGGAACUAUUGCAAAGCUCACACAUGGUUGUUUAAGGUGUGUGUUAGAAUAUGUGCUGGAGCUUUGGACUGUCAAAAUGAGCCGGUACUUAAUCUGGAGUUUGACGGAAGAACUGAUCCUGUGAAAGCUCAUGUCAGCUACAGAAGUUAUAAAGACACUCAUUUAACAGAGGAAAAAAAAAAAGUCUGACAUCACUACAUGAAUUCAUGCUGUCAGACCAGGACAAUGGAAAGAAAAAGCCAACUGAAAACAAUCAAGUACGUCUAUUUUUCAGUUAGUUUGAUUUAAUUUAGUUGCUCUUGUUUUUCGCAUUGGUGACGGUUCCAAUGAUAAGGAACUGGUGAACCACGCGCAGCGGUGAGAGGACGUGCCGGACCUCGGCGACUCCUCAACUCCUAUGAGGCCUUGCAGGGGACAGAGUGACAGUGUGUUGCACCUUGCCCACCUGUGACCUCCUCCGUCUGUCUGGGACAAGCAGAUCAGACCGGUGGAGGCACUGCAAUUGGAAUUCAGCUGAAUCUUGAGUGCACAAUUCUGGCCUGCUGACAGAUAUGAUGGACAUUUUUGUCACAACGGAGGGCUAUAAUGGACUUCAGCCCCCCGCCCUAUGAAGUAUUGAAGCCUUGUCUUACGGAUUAUCUUCUCCUGCAUUUGCACCUGCUUUAUUCUGUGUCUCUUUUUCUUCCCAUUUCAUUUUAUAAAUGUGUCUUUUACUGCUUUUCUUUCUGAUUUCCUCUGGAUUUCUACCUUUUCUCUUGUUUUGCAUUUCUGUUUUGGUGUGGUUUGGAUUGCGCCUGCUUUGUGUUUGAAGUCAUGAGUUCAGUGUCUCCAAGUUGAGUUUGAGUCCUCUUCCAGUCCUCAGUUUUGAUCUGAUGGUGUUUGUGUUUUUAUUAAGGGUUUAUUGUUACUAAAUGUCCAGAGUGUAGCCUAUGUCCAGGGGAAGUGUUGGCACCAGUGCAAUUGUAAAAAAUGUUCUAAUUUGAGUUGGAUUUUUUUUUUUAAAUGUUAGUUGAGGAGGAGUUUAUGAAGACAUGUAUGUAUGAUGUAGGUUCUACUUAUUGAAUGUUUCCAUCAAGGAGAAGUCCUCAAGAUGGCUGUUUCGUGUGCUGCUUAAGCAGAAUCGGAUUUUUCUCCCACAAGCGUGCUUUCCUCUCCUUUAAAUUUUAUGCCUUGCUUUUCCAAAUACUCGCUCCCAUAAUGCACCCUGCCCAAAUACAUCAAACAAGACGGAAAUUGGUAAACCCAGUGUAGAAUGUUGGUCACACUCAAAUGUCCUCGAUCUGGUUUAAGAUGCACGCCAACAGGCAAAACACUGAACAAUGAUUCUGUUCAGUUUGUGAUUUGACAGCUAUGGCAGGCAGGAUAAUUCAAGCUGAGAUGAAUCCAGUGUAAUCCAGUUUUAUCUGUUUUGUUUGACUUGGGGUUUAUGGGGGAUUAGGGAACAACUAAGAGUCAAAAUGGUGGAGAUAUCUAAUGUAGUCUGUCACUGUGCUCCAGGGUUAAGACAGUUAACUGGAGAAAAAAGGAAAAGUGGUCGGAUUUAGACUAUGAGCCUGUUUGUAACACCUGCUUGCCCUCUUCAUGCGCUGUAUGUGGCAUGGGCUGAGUCAUCAGGGCAGCUAACAACAUGUGCUUUUAAGGCAAACACUUUGAAUGGAUUACAGGUAAUAAUACUCAACCCACUCCUGAUGGUUUUAUAUGUACAAAAGAAACAACCUGUCAUCAGUCUUUUCAUGGUACAAAAUACACUACAAGCAAAACAGACUAUUUUUCCUCACAGCACCUCUGUCUGUGUUCUUCUGUCACACCUUCCACCAGUUUACACAAAAGUUGAGCUACUACGCUCUGGAUCAGUUUGUUUCAUGCACGUUUCGGUCCCAAACACUGGAGUAAAGUUGAGGAUUAGGACAAAGGGCAAGAGGUCAAUCUACAGUGUGUGUUCAUGGUAGAUUGACAUCUGAGAAAUUUCAAAAACAAUUUUGACAAUGACUGUAGUUCAUAUAAUUACUGUAAAUCUUUUCCUUUUUUCUUAUUCUUUUCUUUUCUUUUUUCUUUUUUUUUUUUUUUACAAUUAACCGAUAUAAAUGAAUAUGUACGUAUGAAUAAAUAUAUACCUAUAUUAUUAA